AUGUCAAAUGGGAUGGAUAGUGUUAUGCUACGAUGUCCAAUCUGUGAACGUUGGCAAAUGGUUAAUGAAAUGCGCCAACUUCUACCUUGUUUACACCUGUUUUGUUCCACAUGUCUUGAUAAGAGAAGUACAGAUAAGAUAUGCUUAAUGCAUCAUUGCUUUUCAAAUGCUUGCACUAAAAUUCUCACGCUGAAUAAUUGUGACAAUGAUAUGUGUCCCAGUGUAUUAUUUCUUACAGUAUGCCCAGUAUCAGGUUGUAAUGAAUUAUUAGUUGAUAAUGAUACCAAUGACAUAUGUGACGGUUGUAAGAAGACAAUACUGGAUGUCAAAUACAUUGUCACCAAGUGUUGCAAUGCACGAUAUUGUCUUCAAUGUGCAGUUCAAAAAUCAUUGCUCAAUUUAAAUCGUUCGUUUUAA